CUCUAAUGGAAGCUCAAAGCUCUUUACUUUCAUCAGUUUCUCACUUUUUUUCCUCUCUCUAGAAACCCAGAAUCCUCAAAAUUCUCCUGAGAGUGAUUUUCAAAACAUCACUUUCGUCUACUCUUGUAGUUUACUCUCUGUUUGUCUCAACAAUGGUGAGUUCCUCAACCACGAUCUCUGCUUCUUAUUCAUCAAAGAGGUCUCGAUCUCCUGAACCAGCAGCCCAAAAGAAGAUUACGCUCAAGGUCAAGACCCAACAGGAUGGAGGAGAGGAUGUUUACAAAAUUGGGAAAAAUGCACAUCUGAAGAAAUUAAUGGAUGCUUACUGCGUCAAGAGAAACAUCGAGAGAAAGACUAUCAGAUUUAUCUAUAACGGAAAAGAGCUUAAACCACGAAACACUCCUGCUCAGCUGAACAUGGAAGAAGACGAUUUGAUUGAUAUUGUCACCGAUCAAGGCGGUGGUUAAUCUCCCCGGAAUUUCUUCAAAAACCUCCGAUUUGAUCCCCAAACCAGGAAUGGCUCUUUAGAGUCUGAAAAUGAUUUUUAAUUACUUCAAAUUUCAUUAUUAAACUUUUAAUUUUAGCUGGUUUGUAGUUGUUGUUGCUGCCAUCUUUUAAUUCGGAAAAUUAACU